AUGGACGAUAAAAGUAUGAAUGGUUAUAGCAUCACCGAACACAUCCCGCUGCAUCAUCAAGACACGGCAAAUCGUCCUACAUCCAUAAGCAGUUCCAAUAUUCAAGCUGCCAAUGAUUUUGUUUCUGUUUUUGAUGGAAUACUGCUUCAGGAUUCUCCAUGCAGUAAUACUUCGCUCUCAUCACCAGACCAUCCAGAGAAUUGUUGCCUCUGUAGCCUCUCUCAGUCGGAUUUCUUUAAUCCGUUGGACACACUCGUGUCUUCCGUUGCUUUCUCUUCUGACAGUAACAAGGUGCAGCAUAAGUCACAGUAUGGAGAAAAUCGUGACUUCGAUUUUGACGAAGAGAGCUGUUACAGUGAGGACAGUAGGCAGAGUGAUGUGGAGCUUGCUCAAAAAUCGAAAAUGCCUGUACAGUGCCGUCAGGUUGGCAAGGCAAUACGAAAGAAAUCACAAAAUUACCUCCGAGUUCUCUCAAAUUAUGCUUCUUUGGGAAAAUGUGAGAUUUGUUGUUUUGAUUCGUUUGCUAAUUUCCUUGCCACUGAAAAUCGCUAUGCAGCCACUGUGUGA